AUGAAUCGAGCCUGGUUGUGUCUGCUGCUGAUCUGCCUGGCCUUGAGCUGCGUUCCACGGCCAUCAGUAGCCGUCCAGGAUCAAUCAGCCGUCCAGGAUCAGGCAUCGAACCAAACGACAGCGAAUCCCCUGCUGAAACAAUCGCAGAACACCUUCAUCCAAUGGGUGCUCUCACUUCUGCCACAACGUCCCGGUGCCUCUGACUCGGAAAAUGCCACUCUGGCCACCUUGAGCAGCAGCUCCAUGAUGCCGGACGCGGCAUCCACCACAUCCACCACCACACCAGCGCCAUCAUCCAGCACCACCACAACCCGCAGGGCAACCACUCCGGCACCACCCACUUUGAGUCCGCCGAGGAAUUGCAGCGACUGUGUCUGCGGCAUAGCCAACAUACAGAAGCGAAUCGUCGGUGGUCAGGAGACGGAGGUGCAUCAGUACCCCUGGGUGGCCAUGUUGCUAUAUGGCGGAAGGUUCUAUUGCGCCGCCUCCCUACUCAACGAUCAAUUCCUCUUGACCGCUUCUCAUUGUGUCUAUGGUUUCCGAAAGGAAAGAAUCUCGGUGAGAUUACUGGAACACGAUCGCAAGAUGUCGCACAUGCAGAAGAUCGAUCGCAAGGUGGCCGAGGUGAUCACGCAUCCCAAGUAUAAUGCGCGGAACUAUGACAACGAUAUAGCCAUCAUCAAGUUGGAUGAGCCGGUGGAGUUCAAUGAGGUGCUGCAUCCCGUUUGUAUGCCAACGCCGGGCAGAAGUUUCAAGGGCGAAAACGGCAUCGUCACCGGCUGGGGAGCACUCAAAGUGGGUGGACCCACUUCCGAUACACUUCAGGAGGUUCAAGUGCCCAUUUUGUCGCAGGACGAGUGCCGCAAGAGUCGCUAUGGCAAUAAGAUCACGGAUAACAUGUUGUGCGGAGGCUACGACGAGGGUGGCAAGGACUCGUGCCAGGGCGACAGUGGAGGUCCUUUGCACAUCGUGGCCAGCGGAACGCGAGAGCAUCAGAUCGCCGGCGUGGUCUCAUGGGGCGAGGGCUGUGCCAAGGCCGGUUAUCCUGGCGUCUAUGCCAGAGUGAAUCGCUAUGGCACCUGGAUCAAGAACCUCACCAAACAGGCUUGCCUCUGCCAGCAGGAAACCAAGAAGAUCAAGUAG